CGAGGGCACCCAUCUCCGUUCUCCAGAUUCCAUUCACUUGGAUAAACACCAGAGCUCCGGUACCACUUGCCCUUCGUCGACCACAAGAUCGAUCAAGGCCAAGAUUUGGUAGCACCGCACGUCGUAGCACGAGCACAGCACGGUCCGCAUACACACAUGGGUAACUUGGCCUCGCAGUGCGUCACGGGCGGCGCAGAACGCGGGAGCCCGCUGGUCGUCCUGCCGGACGGCAGCCAGUUCCGGCUGGAGGAGCACGCCGGCGUGGCGGAGCUGAUGAUCGAGGCGCCGGGGCACGUGGUCGCCCGGGCGAGCGACGCCGCCAAGGAGCGGCGCCUGCGAGCCCUGGCGGCCGACGAGUUCCUGCGCGCCGGGGAGGUGUACCUCCUCGUGCCCGCCGGGAGGGCCGGGGCGCGGCUGGGCGAUCAGGAGGCGGAGGCCAUCAGCAGGCUGCUGUUGUCCGGCAAAAAAGGGGGCAACGGCGGCCGGUCCGGGAGAAGGAUUUUCCCGGAAGGAGAAGCGGCGAGCACCGAAGGUGGAAAGGAGUCUGCUGGAUGUGCUGGUAAACAGGCGCUGGUUUGUAGGAUUAGGCCAAGGCAGUGGAGACCCGCCCUUGACACCAUCUUGGAGGCUUAGAUCGAUCAUGGACCCCUCUUAAUUUGUAGGGUAGAAUAGAGAAUCUAAUUCAUUCAUUCGUUUUGUUAAGACCGUCCUUCUUUUUCAAUCAAGGAGAGAAGGCAUUCGUUUUGACGUGUACAUGUGUCUUGUAAAGCUUUAACUUGUUUUGGAGUAAAAGGUUGCCAGAGCUUGUAAUUA